UCUGCUCCACACACUCCUCUCCCAGCAGAGUUUGGGUUCCCCUGGCCACACUGGGCACAGCAGGCUCUCAGGACUCCAGGAUGCCCAGUCCUGCCCCCUGGUGCCUCUCUCCUCCUCCGUGCCUGCUGACUCUACUGCUGGGACUCACAGGAGUGCUGGGUGAGGAGCUGCACGUGAUCCAGUCUGAGACAUUUGUGUCAGUAGCAGCUGGAGAGACUGCCACUCUGCCCUGCACUAUGACCUCCCUGCUCCCCGUGGGGCCUGUCAAGUGGUUCAGGGUCAAAGAGUCAGGCCGGAAUGAAAUCUACAGUUUCAAAGAUGGCCACUACCCCCGAGUAACACCUGUUUCAGACAACACAAAGAGAGAGUUCAUGGACUUUUCCAUCCGCAUCAGUAACAUCACCCCAGCAGAUGCCGGCGUCUACUACUGUGUGAAGUUCCAGAAAGGGAGUCCUGAUGUGGAGAUUAAGUCUGGACCAGGCACCCAGCUCACUGUGCGUGCUAAACCGUCUCCCCCAUUGGUUCAGGGCCCCUCGACAAGGGCCACACCUGGGCAGAGAGUGAGCUUCACCUGCAAGUCCCAUGGCUUCUUCCCCAGAAACAUCAGCCUGAAAUGGUUCAAAAAUGGGAACGAGCUCCCAGCCUCCCACACAGACAUAGAACCAGAGGAGAGUGACAUAUCCUACAGCGUGUCCAGCAUAGCCGAGGUGACCCUAGCUCCGGGGGACGUGCACUCCCAGGUCAUCUGCGAGGUGACCCACAUCACCCUGAAGGGGGGCUCUCCACUUCGUGGGACUGCCAACCUGUCUCAGACCAUCCGAGUUCCACCCACCUUGGAGGUGUCCCAACAUCCCACAGUGGUCAGCCAGGUGAACAUCACCUGCCAGGUGAUGAAGUUCUACCCCCGACCUCUACAACUGAACUGGCUGGAGAACGGAAACGUGUCUACAACAGAAACGACCUCCAUUCUGCUAGAGAACAAGGAUGGGACCUUUAACCGGACAAGCUGGAUGCUGGUGAACUCGUCUGCCCACAGGGAGAACAUGCUGUUCACCUGCCAGGUGCAGCAUGAUGGGCAGCAGGCCGUCAACAAAACUCACACCCUAGAGGUCUCUGCUCAGCACAAGGUACCGGGCACAGGUGGACCACCUGGUCCCAGCACAUCUACUCCAAAUAUCAUGACUGCCCUCCUAGGCCUCAUCGUAGGCCCCAAAGUGCUAUUGCUGCUUGGUGUCUCUGUCAUCUAUGUUUACAGGAAGCAGAGGGCCUGA